AGGGAUCGGUUUAUGUCCUUUGGAUGAUGUGAACCCAGAGAUAGCUCUUGGAUGUCAGUCAUACUCUGCAAUUAUUAUCGAAACAUCUGGUUGGUUGAAGUACAAGAAUCCACACUGUGCAUACUGCAACGGAGUGAAUAUCUCUACCUUGGAUUACUGUCCGAUCGAGGUUUCGCACGUUUUGCCAGGCCAUUUUGAAGUGCUUUUAGGUAGGGUACCUGAACCGUGGGCUCCCGAAGCAUCCACGAGUCUCCAGUUGCAGGAUGAAAUCAAGUGCAACAACAAGCACUACCAACUACACGUACUGCCAACGUACAGAGUAAACUCUUCAGUGAUGGAGGUUACCCAAUGUUACCUGAACACACUCGGCUGGCAGAACAUUCAGCUGACAUGGCCUUUCUAUUCUUCAUUUAUCGAUCACCAACAGCAAGCACUUGAUGGAGAAAUGACAGAGCUGAUCACUGAAUAUGUCACUAAUAUCACAGAUUUCGAGGAAAUCUUGGACCUGACGGUCGUGCCUCCAUAUGAGGAAGGUAGCUCAAGGGAAUGGGUCGUCAGAUGUGGAGUUGAGCAGGUUGAUUUUGUGGAGGUAUGUGGUACAUCAGAGAACAGGACUAUCAAUGGAACCGCCAGAGUUGCAACGAAUUCAGUUUCUUUCUUUCGUAGCUUAAACUAUCAGAUGGCAGUCUUCAAUGGCUCAGCUAAAGACACCAGGGUAUCUAUAUGCGGACAAACGUUUGAGAACGAUGAGUGCCGCCUACCCCAUGCUGGAGAAACAAAGACUGUGAGCACGGAAGACGGUGAACCAGGGCUGGAGUACAAAGGGAGGAAGUUUUUGCAAGACCAGGUAACUCGCCUGCCCGAUGGUUGGAUCCUCAUCUGCUCCAGUAUCUUCUCGGCUCCAAAAGAACCUUACAUUUCAUUCUCAGACCCACUUACUUUAGUGAACUUUAUCGGUUACUGUUUAUCCGUCGUAGCUCUCUUGGUAACCCUCACCAACUACUGUGUGUUCCCAGUUCUGAGGAACGUCCCUGGUGGGGCCAUCAUGAGUCUAACUGGUGCCCUGUUCUUGGCUCAGCUUCUGACCCUUACCGUAUUGGACAAGGCGGAGAACCAAACAUUCUGCAUCAGUAUGGCCGUCUUGCUGCACUUUCUAUGGUUAGCUACCUUCACUUGGAUGAAUGUUUUAGCCUUUGACCUCAUGAGGACCUUCACUUCCAGACAAGCUGCUCGUCCUAACAAGCAAGUCUUCUUCACUUACUGCCUGUACGGAUGGGGCUUACCGCUUCUGGCUGUCACCACGUGCCUCGUUAUCCACUUCGUCGACGGUUAGCAUGUUGGGUUUCAGUAUGGUGGAGAGCAAUCCUGCUGGGUGAUCGGCAAAUAUGCGGUGCUUGGUGCCUUUAUAGUACCGAUGAUAUGCAGCCUAAUUGCUAACGCAGUCUUGUUUGGUUUGACAGUGCGUAGCGUGCACGCAUCGCUUGCAGCAUCGGCGAUGGUUCGGCAGGACAAAUCCAAAUCACAGGAGACGCUCGGAGAGCUGUGGAUUUAUUUCAAGAUAUCUGGUGUUAUGGGGUUCACCUGGAUCUUCGGGUGCCUUGGCAACUUCAUUGACCAUCAGGCCAUUUGGUACCUCUUCAUCAUCCUGAACUCGCUGCAGGGGGUCUUCAUCUUCAUAUCUUUCGGAUGCAACAUCCGCAUCCGGAACCUAUGGAGGGGCAAACUGGGCAUGAAGUCGCGAAGGAAGAACAAGAAAGCUCGGAAUAGCUCCAACAUCUCAAGCAGUGUGACGCGUAGUACCUCUGCCGAAAGUCGCGCUCAAACCAUGACGUCUGAGGCCUCCAUAAGAUUACAGGACGUGCAAGUCUCAACUCAAGACUAA